UUGCUCAUGCAACUCAUUAAAAAUGUUCUUUUUAUUUCUUUAUUUCGUUUCAGAGAAUGCACCCUAUGGCGUACGUGUGAACUCUAUCAGCCCAGGUGGUGUCAAGACGACUAUUGGAAAAAGACCUGAGGUCAGCGUAGAGGAACACAUGGAGAUGCUCGUGAAAAAGAAAAGUGCUAUGCACGCGCUGGGACGACUGGCUACACCGGAAGAAAUGGCCCACUGCAUCGCCUUCCUGGCAUCCGAUGACUCGGCCUUCAUCACGGGAAUCACGAUGCCCGUCGACGGGGGCUUCCACCUUCUGUCCAGCGUGUCCGAUCCCGCCCCAUCUUCGGACAUCGAGGAGACUGCGUGAGCAGCCAAGAGUGUAGCCUUGCUCGACAGUGCCUGUACUGCCAGCAAGAGGAACACCGUUAAAGUAAAGAAGCAGACAGAUGAGAAACCGCAAAAGCAAUACAAGGCAUAAGGGGUUGCGCAUCUGCACUCCUGAAGAAAUGUGAUGGCGCAGUUGUAAAUAAUCUUGGCAGCAAAUCUGUUGCUUUGAGUAAACAGGAUGUUUCAGCGAAUACUUUCAAAUUUUUUAAAAGUUGCCUGUGGCAGAUAGCUCAAUUCCAGUUUAUGAGCCCGUCUGCUCGAACCGGCAGACACUAAUUGCAAAAAAAAUUGAAAUGCGAAAUCUACUAAUUAACAUCAAUUCACUAAUUAACUUUUAUGCUAAUUAUCCUAUUACCCAUAUUGCAAUUUACAAAUUCUAGCACUGGACUUCGCAAGGCGGAUCCACUAGGAACGAAUUCUCAGGACGACACCAGCUUCGAGAUAUAAAUUCCCGAACUUCCCGGAGAAAUACAUUGGCGUUUCAGUUACUUGUGUGCUUCAGUGCAUGAAACGUUGUUUCGUUAAGAAAUUAACUGCAGCGCCCAUGCAUUUCUCCGCAACGUUCGGGAAUUUAUAUCUCGAAGCUGGUGUCAUCUUGAAAAUUUGUUGCAAUUUGUUGCCUUGCGAACUCCACGGCUAGAAUUUGUAAAUUGCAAUAUGGGCCAUAAUGUAAUAGGUUAAAACUUAUUUAGUGAAUUCUUAUGAAUCUGUUGAUUUUGCAUCUAAAUUCAUUGUGCAAGUAUUGUCCGCCGCUUCGAGUAGACCACCUCAUGAACUAGAAUUCUGAUAUCUGCCCCAGGCAACUUUUAAAAAUUUUUGAAAGUGUUCGCUGGAACACCCUGUAUAUCUGCAGCCGACUUUUGCAUUCACAUAAUGGCGCAUGCUUACAAGAGCGCCCUCCCACUCAUCUGGCUGCACCAUCACGUAGUCAUAAUAAUAAUAAGAAGAACAACAAGAAGAGGAAGAGGAAGAAGCAGAAGAUGAAGAAGAAAUAUUAUUGCUAAAUUGUAAAUAAAAUGCAAGCACAGUCUGUAAAGCAACACUGUACGCGGUCAGGCACUUCUCGGCUAAUGCGUACAGAGUGUCAACUAAACGAAUAAAAUAUAUAAUUACCA